GUUGGAAAGAGAGAUGGCACCAAAUAAAAAAAGAGUGACAGUCCUCUUUGGUCGGUGUGAAAUUGUGACAAGAAAAAGUAGUAGGCUGCUGGAGCCAAAAUGACAGCGAAAAGUACGCUGCACAGUCAGAUAUGUUAGUACACUACCAAACGCAGCUGUCAGACGGCUCAAACAAUGAAGCAAUGGGGUUGACAAAGGAUAGAGAGGAAAUUGAAAGGAAGCAUCAAGAGCAAAGGGAAGUGGUGUGGCUGUGUUUUGUGUGAAGUUGUGAAGGUCGAAAUGGCGGGUUUAGAUGCAAAAGGGUUCAGGUUUUCAGCCAAAUCUUUCCUCCUCCCUCUCAGAUCCAAACACAAAACGACAACAACACGAAGAGCUGGACUUGGGUCAGUCUUUAUCCACUGUCGUCCUUUUGGCUAUCUCAUCACUUACCAAUAGUAACAACAACAAUGACAUCCAGAGCCACAGACGGUCCCUGUUCAGCCAAGCCACUUGUCGACAAUCUGCCACUCCCAGAAUCCACCAUCAACUCCAAAGAAACGACCGUGGUGUUGGGCAUUGAAGGAUCGGCCAACAAGGUCGGCGUGGGUGUAUUGCGGUACCAAAAGAACAAUCACACGUACGAGAUCUUGUCCAAUCCACGCAAAACAUUUAUUGCUCCAACGGGACAAGGAUUCUUGCCCCGUGAGACCGCAUGGCAUCAUCAAGCCCAUGUGGUUGCCUUGGUCCGCACGGCUCUGCAGGAAGCCUUUCCCAACGACAAACAACCGGAAGCACACGUGGAUGCCAUUUGUUUUACCAAAGGACCUGGAAUGGGGGGUCCCUUGCAAUCCUGUGCCGUGUGCGCUCGCACGUUGAGUCUGCUAUGGAAGGUCCCACUGGUGGCCGUCAAUCAUUGCGUGGGGCACAUUGAAAUGGGACGAUUGGCGACUGGUGCCAGCAAUCCAGUGGUACUUUAUGUCAGUGGAGGCAAUACACAGGUGAUUGCCUAUCAGGAUCAACGAUACCGGAUUUUUGGUGAAACCAUUGAUAUUGCCAUUGGGAACUGUUUGGACCGAUUUGCCCGUGUAAUUGGUCUCUCCAAUGAUCCCAGUCCAGGAUACAAUAUCGAACAAGAAGCCAAAAAGGAAGGAGCCCAAUAUGUGGAACUCCCGUAUGUAGUCAAGGGAAUGGAUGUCAGUUUCUCCGGUAUUUUGACGCAUGUCGAGACGUUGGCCAAGACACGGUUGGUCCAAGAAGAGGACAGCAAGAAUGGCGAAAAGGACAACAGCAACAAAAUCACCAAGGCAGACUUGUGCUACUCUUUACAAGAAACCCUCUUUGCCAUGUUGGUGGAGAUUACAGAACGUGCCAUGGCACACUGUGGACAGAAUCAAGUACUGAUUGUGGGAGGUGUGGGAUGCAACAAAAGGCUGCAAGACAUGAUGUCCAUUAUGGUAUCCGAACGAGGAGGAACCUUGUGUGCCAUGGAUCACCGCUAUUGCAUUGACAAUGGGGCCAUGAUUGCACAAGCUGGAGUCUUUGCCUUCCAAUUUGGAGAACUGACCAAAAUGGAAGACACAUGGGUGACACAACGAUAUCGGACCGAUCAAUCUAAGAUUGUUUGGAGGCGGAGCGCCCAAUGGAAGCAUACGUAGCGAGUCAAAAUAAAUAAAUACUGUAUGGUUGAUUGUUU